AUGCGCUCCAUCAUACCAGUCUUAGUCUGCAUCUGCGUCCAACAUGGAGCGAUCAUUAACGGUCUUCCAAAUCACUCUUAUGAUCGACUUGUAUCGCCUUCUUUACAAAGACGUAUGCACGAUUUGGAAACCAUCAAAGAAGCGACGCCAGCUCUUGAGUACGAAACCCAUCGGAGUGAAAACCCAGGGAACGGUCGGUUUCCUGUUGAUGAAAUUGAGGAGAUUGAACCUGCUCUCAAGGCUAAAGAACCAUGGGAACCUCUUGCUGGCCGCGUAAUCGAUGGCAAGGAUAUCAAAAAGAACAAGGCCAAAAAAAUAUCUCAAGACGAUUCUUUCCGAGUAACUGACCCAGAUUCAUCACUUACACCCUUGGAAAUUCAAUAUGGAAAAGAAUGGGAAAAGAAAAAAUUUGAUGUCAAUCAAAUGUUACGUCUUCAUGAUCGUCUUCAACUCCCUUCAGACGGAGUUUCUUCAAUCAACUUCCCACCUACUAGACUUAUAAAAGAUUCAAAUGACAUAGAGGAUUCAAAGACAAAUUUUAAACUAGAACCUUUACUGGAUGAUGGAAUUGAUUCAAAAACUGGAGAACCCAAGAAAUUUACAAAAGAUCAAUUAAAAUGGUACUUAAAACACUUUAAAGUUACCAAACAUAACGAUUUCGAAAAAGAAGAAUUUCAAUUAAAUUUAAAACAUUAUAUUGGACAAACUUGGAAUCCAAAUGAAUUAAAAUCAGUUGAAGGAGAAGGAAAACCAAAAUGGAUAUUAGAAAAAUAUGUAAAAGAAUGGAAAAAACUUAAUUUAGAUGAAACUAAAAUGAUGAAUUUGGGUGGAUUACUUGGAAUUCAUUUUGAUUUAGAUCAUGUUGAAUUGAUUUCAAAAGAAUCGGCAUUUUAUUUACGUGGGUUUCUACGUAAAUCUGAAUCAUCUAAAGAAAUGUUAAAUUGGUAUAAGGAAGCGAUCUUACCUUCUUUAUCUACUUUAUCACAAAAGAUUUUAAAUAUUAAUUUAAAGUAUAGUGAAAAAGAACCUUGGUGGUCAAGAGUCAAUUCAAAUACAUGGCAAUGGUAUGAUCGUGAAACGUUUUCAGGAGAUCAAUUAUUUCAACUCUCGAUUGUUCAAAUCGGUGAAAUUUUACGUUUGGGAGAAAGGAAUCUUGAACCAACAAUUGAAGAAAUCAAAACUAUGAAGAGUGAUUUGCUUGGUAUUUUUAAAAGAGUUCCUUAUAUGAUUGUCGAACCUUCCACAAGAGAAACACACGGUUAUCCAACUAUUAUAGCAGAUGAGCUAGAUGCAAUCACACAUCGAAUCAUUGGGGAAUCUUUAUUUUCUGAACGGAUGCAAUCAAUCGGUCUUACAAACGAAGAAAAACUGACAUUCUCAAAUAAAUUCUUUGACUCUCAUGUUACUGAUCAAGAAUUAAUGUCACCUGUGAUCGAUAGCCUUGAAAUCCAAUGGUUAAUUCAUGGAUGGAGUCCAACAGAUGCUUAUGAAGUUACAUCAAACUUACGAAAAUUGUUAGCUAAAUCAAAUAUCUCUUUAUUGAAAAACUUGAAAAAAUCAUCUAAACUUUUAAAUUCAAUCUCACCUGAAAGUUGGAUUAAAAAUGGUAAACUUUCAACCCAAUCUUUUGAUUUACUUGAAUUCUAUUCAAAACUUUUAAAUAAACCUGAGAUUAUGAAAAAGCUAUUUGGAAAAGAGUUAAGUCUUUGGCUUCGUGAACUUGAAGUAAGGAUAGUCUUGCUUGUGAUUUUGCUUAUUUAUAAGACUUGUAUUACUUCAAUCAGAUACUGA